AUGUCCUCAAAACUAAAGAAAUUUUCCGCCAAAACAAGAAGUCAGUUGAUCAACAAGUUUGUUUUAUAUACAAUCAUUCUGUGUGGUGAAAACACCUGCUUUGAAGCUAUAUUGGACAGAUGUUCACCCUCCAAUAACUGGCCAAUCACGUGGGAGAAAAUACAGGGAAAUAUAACAGAACAACUCGACACAAGUAAAAAGAAGUACAGGGGCAGUUCCAGUAGGUGUUUAGUGAUAACAGAGGUAUCAAAGGAGGACGAAGGGGAAUAUAGAGCCGUCAUCUCGAGAGAGAACAAUGGAACACACAUGAAAAUACCAAGCAAUUCCAAGCGAUUGACAGUUACUGGAGAUUGUCCAACUCUAGCAAUGCCCAAGGAAGUUGAAGUCCCUUAUGGUUCAGUAGCUGUGCUUCAACCUGUCAUAGAGGCAUGCCCACCCCCGGAGUCUAUAGAAUGGCAAAAGAGCAAAUGUAUGGAUCCAAACGCGGAAGAUUUCAAAAUAAUUGACUUAACAAAGCCGAAAUAUUUAGGGAGUACACUGGAUCAAACAAACUCAAAAUUAGUCAUAAAUGAUACAUCAUUUAAAGACGGUCUUUUUUAUCGACUUCUUGUAGAAAAUAUGGUUGGCAAAUCCACCUGCAGUACAUUUCUCAACGUUGUUGGAACUCCCCUUAAUGUGAUAAUGAAAGAUGACACUGAUUUUCUAGAGAGGAGAAUAACCCUGGUUUGCAAAAUUCUCUGUGAAAGCACGCAUCCAUUGACAGGAGUAGUGUGGACAAAAGACAGCAGUACGAUAGAUGUUUUAAGUUGUAAUGGAAAAUACAUAGGAGGUGGUAUUGAAAACCCAUCACUAACAAUCAACAACCUCAAUGCCUCUGACGCUGGUGUAUAUCAAUGCUGUGUCUCCAAAAUUGUUGAAUCAACGCACAGCGAACAAGUGAUUCUAGCUGUACCAAAUGUUAAACUCUUAAUGAGGGACAGAGACAUUGGAAAUAAAGUUCUGAAGGUGCAAGCAUCCAUCAAAUCCGUUCCGGAUGCCUUUAUGAUAGAGUGGAAAGUAAAGAUGACUCCGGGCGAUGAAUUCAGACCAAUUAAUAUACACGACGAAACCUACAUGGGGAGCACAAUUUCUCUUCCAAAUCCAUUGCUAAUUGUCAAUAAAUACAACACCAAGAAUUUGCAAUCAUAUAGAAUAGAAGUUACCAAUUUUCUUGGUGUUAGGAUUGUUACAAGUCAAGAGGCUCUGAAAGAAAAGCAAUUACCCAGAGAAAUUGGUAUGGACUGUUUGAACGGUAAGUGAAAUAAAUAGAAUAGAUUCGACAUUUUGUUCUUAGGUAUUGAUUUUAGCACAUAUGUAAGACAAAGAUUUAU